AGAGGGUAUUUACUUGUAAAACCAAAAUAUGAUGCCUAACUCAUAGGAUUUUUUUUCUGCAGCACCCAUAUCAUUUCAUGUUGCUGUGUUAUGACCUUAGGCUGUGCAGUAAGGAUGAAUAAUGGAAGGAUACAAGUUAGGAGAGUGGUUUAUGAAGGAUCUUGAAAGACAAGUGAAUACAAUCAAGUGGUAUUGAAAAGUUUUGCUGCAAGGAGACAUGAGACUGAAGAUAUCACUUUUAAAAGAACCAAAGCAUCAUGAGUUGGUGAGCUGUGUGGGCUGGACCACGGCUGAAGAAGUGUACACAUGCAGCGAUGACCACCAGAUCGUGAAGUGGAACCUGUUAACCAGUGAGACCAAUCAAAUAGUGAAGCUUCCUGAUGACAUUUACCCCAUUGACCUUCACUGGUUUCCAAAAAACUUAGGCAUAAAGAAACAGACUCAAGCAGAAAGCUUUGUCCUCACAAGUUCUGAUGGUAAAUUCCAUCUGAUUUCCAAGUUAGGAAGAGUGGAAAAGAGUGUGGAAGCUCACUGUGGGGCUGUGCUUGCAGGAAGGUGGAAUUAUGAAGGAACAGCAUUAGUUACAGUUGGAGAAGAUGGACAAAUAAAAAUUUGGUCAAAAACUGGGAUGCUUAGAUCAACAUUAGCUCAGCAAGGAACACCAGUGUAUUCAGUAGCCUGGGGCCCAGAUUCAGAGAAGGUUCUUUAUACCGCAGGCAAGCAGCUCAUCAUUAAACCUCUCCAACCAAAUGCAAAAGUUUCACAGUGGAAAGCCCAUGAUGGCAUCAUUUUAAAAGUAGAUUGGAACUCAGUCAAUGAUCUUAUUUUAUCUGCUGGUGAAGACUGUAAAUAUAAGGUGUGGGACAGUUACGGCCGCCUGCUGUACAACUCACAGCCUCAUGAACAUCCCAUUACCUCAGUUGCCUGGGCUCCGGAUGGAGAAAUAUUUGCUGUUGGGUCCUUUAAUACUCUACGCUUGUGUGAUAAAACAGGGUGGUCAUACGCUUUAGAGAAACCCAACACUGGUAGCAUAUUUAACAUUGCGUGGUCAAUCGAUGGCACUCAGAUUGCUGGAGCCUGUGGAAAUGGCCACGUUGUAUUUGCACAUGUGGUUGAGCAACGUUGGGAGUGGAAAAAUUUUCAAGUGACAUUAACUAAAAGGAGGACCAUGCAGGUUCGUAAUGUUCUUAAUGAUGCUGUGGAUUUACUGGAGUUCCGUGACAGAGUCAUUAAAGCCUCUCUGAACUACGCACACUUAGUUGUUUCAACAUCUCUUCAGUGUUACGUGUUCUCUACAAAGAACUGGAAUACACCACUUAUAUUUGAUCUCAAAGAAGGAACUGUCAGUUUAAUUCUGCAAGCAGAGAGGCAUUUUCUUCUUGUAGAUGGUGGUGGUAUUUAUUUAUAUUCUUAUGAAGGACGCUUCAUUUCUUCUCCCAAGUUUCCUGGGAUGAGAACUGACAUUCUGAAUGCACAGACUGUGUCUCUGAGUAAUGAUACCAUAGCAAUAAAAGAUAAAGCUGAUGAGAAAAUAAUCUUCCUCUUUGAGGCGUCCACUGGCAAACCCCUGGGGGAUGGAAAGAGUCUUUCUCAUAAGAAUGAAAUCUUGGAAAUUGCUCUGGAUCAAAAAGGGCUUACCAAUGAUAGAAAAGUUGCUUUCAUUGAUAAAAAUAGGGAUCUCUAUAUUACCUCAGUGAAACGGUUCGGGAAGGAAGAACAAAUUAUCAAACUUGGAACAAUGGUACACACUUUGGCAUGGUGUGACUCCUGCAAUAUCUUGUGUGGCCUUCAGGACACUCGAUUCACAGUGUGGUACUAUCCCAACACUGUGUAUGUGGACAGAGACAUUUUGCCUAAAACGCUGUACGAGAAGGAUGCAAGUGAAUAUAGUAAAAACCCUCACAUUGUGAGUUUUGUGGGGAAUCAGGUAACUAUCAGAAGAGCAGAUGGUUCUCUGGUCCACAUCAGCAUAUCUCCGUAUCCUGCUAUUCUCCAGGAAUAUGUGAGCAGUUCCAAGUGGGAAGACGCUGUAAGACUCUGUCGCUUUGUUAAGGAGCAAACCAUGUGGGCGUGCCUCGCUGCUAUGGCACUUGCCAACCGAGACAUGACUACUGCAGAAAUAGCCUACGCAGCAAUUGGUGAGAUUGAUAAGGUUCAAUAUAUCAACUCUAUAAAAGAUCUUCCAUCCAAAGAAUCAAAAAUGGCCCAUAUACUAAUGUUUAGUGGGAACAUACAGGAGGCCGAAAUAGUACUUCUUCAGGCUGGCCUUGUUUAUCAAGCAAUCCAGAUCAAUAUUAAUCUCUACAACUGGGAAAGAGCCCUGGAAUUGGCUGUAAAAUACAAAACUCAUGUAGAUACAGUGCUCGCAUUCCGUCAGAAGUUUCUGGAGACCUUUGGUAAACAUGAAACUAACAAACGAUACUUGCAAUAUGCAGAAGGUCUCGAAAUAGAUUGGGAGAAAAUCAAUGCCAAAAUUGAGAUGGAAAUUACUAAAGAACGCGAGCGGUCCUCAAGCAAGAGUAUGGGGCUAAAGCAUUGAAUGCCACCCCAGCCUUCGGGAUGGUCUACCCAUAAAAGGACUUCCCAUUUGAUGGACGAUAAGCAUGGUAUGGUUUUUAAGGAACCAGAGCAUAAUCUUCAGGCUGGGAGGGUGUAGUUCGGUGGUAGAAGGCUUGCCUAGUAUUCCUCUAGUACCUCAAACAAGAAAGGAAAGGACAAAGACACAAUCUUUAGUUACAAGCACUUUCUGUGCAUUGAAUGCCAAGAAUACAUACAUUCAGAAAGACUGAGCACAAAAUAAUUGACAUAAUUCUAUAUUUUACAUUCAUCUAGUCUAACAAUUAGCAAAAGAUUUCUAUAUUCAUGUCACCUGUGUAGUGCUGAUUAUAUUCCAGGUUUUGAUUCACUAUUUUGUCUCUGAUUCUUCAGCACGAACAAAGAAUAAUGCUGAUAAUAAAACACUGGACUCUCUAAAAUGUAUGUUAGCAUUAAUUUCUAUUUGACCUCUAAAUUAUAAAGUGCCUCCAAGAAUAUAUGAGGAUGGAUUUGUGAAAGUAUAUAUCAAUUCAGAUACUGUACACCAAAGCUAAAAGCAGCAUUUACUCAAAUAACAUAAGGUCAAAACAACUGAUCUAUCAGUAGAUAGACAGAUAAAUCAAGGUGGUAUGCCAUGCAGCGGAAUAUUAUUCAGCCUUAAAAAUUCUGGAUGAACCUUAAAAAAAUUACUGUGCGUGAAGAAACAAAAUAUCAAAUAUUCUAUGAUGCCACUUUCAUGAGGAAUCCAGAAAUAGACAAGUUCUCAGAGACAGGAAGGAGAAAAGUGCUAAUGAGGAAGUAGGGCAAGGAGAGACAGAGCAUUUAUUUUCUUGUUAAUAGGUACAGAGCUUCUGUUUGAGAUGAGCAGAUUCCAGAAGUGCAUGGUGAUGGCCACACUACUCCACAAAUGUUAAUGCCAUUAAACUGCACUCUUAAAAUAGUUACACAUUGUUUUAUACAUUAUAUAUAUACAUAUAUUACCAUAAUUAAAUAUGCAUGUAGAAGGAGCAAGAAGUAUUUUCCUUGUUCUUCUUCUGACUUAGAAUGCCGACAGCAGGCUCUGGGGUCUGAAUUGGUGAAAUUCCUCCUCCGGUAAUAAGCCUGUUUGAUUAACUAACCUUAAUUCAGUAGGUCCCCUAAUUAUUAUUACCUCAAAAGUGCUUUCCAAUAACAAAUACCCUUAGCAAGUUUCCCCUGAGCUUGUUUUUAGAAGUAGAGCAUUAUGGAGAGGAGGGCAAGGGCCCGUGUGUAUACAGGGCAGGGGAGGAAGGGAUUGACCUCCUCACCUCUACUCUAAUCACUGUAUCUAAGGUUUUUUUUGUAUAGAAAUGUUCUUUAAUUUCCAACAUGUUUCUUUUGUUUUCUGAAAUAUUGCAUUCUUGAACCAGAUGCUGGACUCAAGAAUAUGUUUGUGAACUUUGAGCAGUUGCUUAUAAAUUGUACCUAUUACAUUUGUAUAUGUUUUCUAUAUUAUAUUUCAGUGAAAAAAUUUAAAGUAAAAGGGUAAAUUUUAUGUUGUAUAUAUUUUAAUACAAUAAAAAGUUUUUUU